GGCGCAGGCGGCGCGACAGCUGAGAAGGCCCCUUUCCUUGGUGGCUGGGGAGCGAAGAUGGCGGCGGGGGAGGUGAAGUCGGUGCUCUUCGUGUGCCUCGGAAACAUUUGUCGCUCUCCAAUAGCUGAAGCCGUUUUUAGAAAACUGGUAACUGAUGAAAAACUUGAAAAUAAGUGGAGGAUAGACAGUGCAGCGACAUCUACCUAUGAAAUAGGAAGCCCUCCUGACUAUCGAGGACAGAAUUGCAUGAAGAAGCAUGGCAUUACCAUGAAUCAUAUUGCCAGGCAGGUUACUAAAGAUGAUUUCCAGACCUUUGAUUAUAUACUUUGUAUGGAUGAGAGCAAUCUAAGAGAUCUGAAAAGGAAAAGUAACCAAGUUAAAGACUGCAAGGCCAAAAUUGAACUACUUGGAACUUAUGAUCCACAGAAACAACUUAUCAUUGAAGAUCCAUACUAUGGUAAUGAAAAGGACUUUGAAACUGUUUACGAGCAGUGUGUUAGAUGCUGUAAAGCAUUUUUGGAGCAGUCUCAUUAAUGCUUCAUCAUUUUAUUUCUAAAAUAAAAUAAUUAGCUUCUCCUGAAAUAUGUAAGGUUUACUUGAUUGAUGUAUUUAAAUUGUAAAGUCAUGCCUCAGUAGGUUCAAAACUUUUUCAGUUUAAUUUUAUAUUUUAGUUUUUCUGUCAUUAAUUAAAAUACAGAAAAGUUUCAGUUGGAUUAGAUGAUCAACUAUUUUGUCACACAUCAGUGUUAUAAUAAAGUAUAUCUUCCAGAAUAAAUUUAUCUGUAAACUCUUUCAGUGCUUUCUCACAAGCACUGCAAAAGUAACAUCUUGCUUCUUUAUGUUCUGUAAUAACUAAACUGAGGUCUUCUCAUUGUGCCCUUAGUGAGCUAAUUGAAAUCAACUUACAUUGGGAGCCUGUGAGAGAGUAGUUCAUGCAUGACAAUUCAGGCUUGUCCUCCUAGCAUCAUUAGACAGCCUUUGGACUGAAGCUGUUUCCUGUCAAGCCUUCUAGAGUACAAGAACCGCCUGCACCCAGACAGACAUUGCUCUGAGCACUACUUCAGAGCUUAAGUAGGCAAAGCCUCUGUAUGUGUUUGUGCCAUCUGGAGCCUGUGGAAGUGGGUUUUUGUAUCAGUUUUGCUCAGUUAUUCAAAAAGGAAAUUAUUUUUGUUCCAGUGCAUUUUUACACUAAUUAAGAUGAACUCAGUUCGGCAAUAGUGAUACCGGACUUGUCUGGCUAGUCUUCCUUUGGUCUAAUGGUCAAUUCCUAGCUCACUAGUAUAAGUACAUGUAAGAUAGCAUUUACUUUGAGGACAGAACAGGUCAGUUUAAAAGCCUAAAUGUAAAAUGUGAAUUUUAUAUCUCAUAGUAAUAAAAUAACUAAAAUCCAUGCAAUAUAAUCAAUGUGAAUCUGCUAUAAUCUGAGUUCCUCUGUGGGUGUCAGACCAUACUUUCAGAUUUACUCAGGAGAAUGGAUAGCCUGUCAAAAGUGAUCUCUGAUGGUAUAGUUCAAUAUGAGGACAGUUCCUCUGUAAUAUAAUACAAAGUUAACAGAAGGCCACUAAGUAGAAAGUGCUGCUCUUGGACAAAAAUUGAAUGCUUUGUAAAAAUCCAUGUCUUUUUGUCUGAACGUCACCAUUCAUUUCUGCCUUAGAAAUGUAAAUGUACUGAGAUCAGUCAUGUAACUGAUACCAUUAAAAUUUUCCUUUUUUGAAUAAUACAAACACUCGUAUGAACUAGCAUUAUCACAUUAUCUGUAAAACUGGAUCUGUAAAACUUGCUUUCUUACUUAUUUGGCCUUGUUUUUGCCUCUGUCUGUCUUCCAAACUGGUAGUGUAGCCUCUGUGUUUGUCACCCAGUCUCCCUUCUGGAAGAGGGAUGCAUUUUGACAGAGAACCCUGUUACUCCUGGGAAUGAAGGAAUCCUGGUGUCACUCAGUGUGUGCUGCAGACUGCACAAUGGAGAUUCAGUUUUCUGGAACUCUUGCUGAAGAACAGCUGUGUUUGUGUUUAGUGAGGUUUCUGUUUUGUGCUAAAAUUUCAAUCAGACAUAAAAUUUAAGAACCUGCUUACAAAAAGGCAAGUGGUAGAUGGAACACUUAAAUACAGACAUCAGGACCUUUGUGCAUUACUGCAUUACGAAUAGUUUUGACUUUCAAAGAACAAGCUAGGAAUUUGCAAAUUAACAGCUGUAUCACUUCAGGGACAAGGAGUAAUAUAUAUAUAGUAUUUCAGGUCAGAUAAAGCACUGACUGGAAAAAAAAGUAUUUUCUAUUCCUUUUAUGAAUGCUUUUACAAAUUAAAUGAUGGAAAAUGAUGGGCACUUAGGGACAAACGAUCUUAAAUGUGGGUUUAUGCACUAACCUUAGAAGUGCAAGAAUUUAGGUGUAAUCUAAUGUUACUCUCUGCCAGAAUUACCAUUUAAAAUAUUCCAGUGAAAGUAAAAUAACUCAGAAGAUUGAAAAUCUAAUGAUUUGUGCUUUUGCAGUUGUGGCUGAGAAGGAAUUCAGCCUACAGCUUUCUAUAUAUUAAAGUUAAGAUUUAAAAGGCUUAUCUUUGAGCUGCUGGGGUAACAGAAAGGAGAUUAAAGGGUAUUGUUGUUUACCUUCACUAGGCUUAGAAAUCUUCCUGUAAUGUGAUACUAAGUCAAAACUACUUGUGUUAAAUCAAGUUCAGAUUUUAAAAGUUUCAGUCUUGAGGUAUAUACACAGCAAGUAAUCUAAUCUUAGAAAUAAUUCACUAGCUCUGUUAGGAGGAAAAAGCUGAUCAAUUGAUUUUAUCCUUAGUGGGUUUAUUUUGGAGGAGAGGAAGAGAAACACCAUGGUAUUUUAAAAGAAUUUGUGGAAUACAAGAAUACCAAAGAGGAAGAGCUUUCAGGAAGGACAGUUGCAUAGUACCAUUAUUUGGGUUCCAAGAGAAACAAUGAAUGUAGGAUACAUAAAUUUUGUACCAUACAGAUAGGUAAGCUCUUACAGGUUUAAAAUACCCCUCAUGAAAAAUGUAACAUUGAAUGAGAAAAUACAGAACCCACUUCUUUCCCCUCCCCCCCACCUUUUUUUCAGUUUAGAUAGUAAGCUUAUACCUAAGACUAAAAAAAAAAAAUAAUAAUCUAUAGGAUAGUUGUAUUUACUGUCCAAGCAUGCUGACUUCUGUGAAAUCUAAAAUCUUCCAUGGGAUUAAUUUAUUUAUACUCAUUUAUUAAGUCAUUAAUUGCUGUUUUCCUUUUACAAGGAAAUUCUCUAUGAAGUUGUUAUUUAACCAGAUUUCAGAUGUCCUACUACAGAAAGAGAGAUUUAUAUUAAUUUAAACUCCCAUAUUAAAUAAUAUGUUGUGAUCUGAUUUCAGUCAGUGGGAACCACAGGGAAGCAUCGAGUUCCACUCAGAUGUUUACAGCAGGUGAUCAUCUAUAUUAAUCCUGUAGCAGUGGAUUCCUUUAAUUGUCAGGUUUUUUGUAUGCAUGUGUUACUCUCACUGAAAAAUGAAACUUCAGCAGUGAAUACUGAAAGUAAAUACAAUAUAUGUACUUCUUGUGUACUUAAUACAGCCAUGUUCUAGGAUGGAGUUUUGUUCUUCUGUAAUUUUUUUCUUCUAAAGAGCUAGAUGCUGAAGACUCUUAAAAGAGUGAAUGUAAGUAAUCUCAGCUCCAACUAUUUCUCAGGGUGGGGAUGAGUGUGUUUGUUUUUUGUUUUUGUUUUUUACAUUUUGUGGAAUGGAGGAUAAAAUGAAAGCUAAAUGGCAAUAUUAACAUAAAAGUACCUGAAGUUCAUCUACAGAUCACGCACAACAUUGUUCCUCCCAUUUGAGCCAUUUUGACAACUGUAUUUAAUGUGUGAUUUAAGGAAGAAAGGGAAAUGUGUAUCAAAGCUUCUUGAGUAAGUGUUCACUGACUCCUUAAACAUUUUAUGAUACUAAAAUGAUUUAUUGGACAUUGACUGGUUAUAUUGUCCUUGUUUAACCAUUUCUUGUAAAAAAAAUAAUCAAGUUUAUAAUGCCAUAGAGAAUUGGAGCAGCCUUGUGGUCUGGGCAUUUUGCAGGGUUGAACCACACGUAUCUGUCCAUCCUCACAAAUGUACAGAGAGUGUCCAAACUACUGGACUUCUCAGAGGUGGGUGUACUUUUAUUUCUUACUUUAGUCAACUCUUACUGAAAGGAGGUGUAAGUGUGGAUAAAUUAUAGUAGCUAUCAGAAGAUAGCUUGUUUAUCUGGAUUCAGUGAACAGAAAGCAAACUUGAGAACAACUUCAUACCAAACACUUUAUUACUUAUGCUUGUUAUUUACAGUAUUUACAUAUUGCACGUUUGCUGGAAUGUUUUAUACAUUUGUUAUAUAAAGUAAAUUAAUGGCAUUUGUGUUUGUGUACAAAAUCCAUGCUCCGCUGUCCCAAAAAAUAUGUUUAGUUGGAAUUACAUUCCUGUUUGUCAUGCAGCUUGUAUUUCUAGGGUACAAUGUGACCCCAAUGCAAGUCUGUUUUAACCAAACUUUUUUAAAAUUGCAUAAGCAUGAAGGAUAUCAAGUGACCACAAGUACUGUGGAGCCGAUCUUUAGUAAUUCUAGAUAUACAAACAAACAUUCCUUAAAAUUGUAGAAUUAAGCAACAGAACAUCAAUUUUCUUGGUGAAAUAUUUGUGUUUACGUAUUUUUUGGCAGCAUUACACAUCAGUUGUAAAGUGUGGUUUUAAGUAUGGAGCAUUAAGUACUACUGGCAGUUACGCUAUCUGUAAAGAAUGUCAAUCUGCAAACUGUUGACAACAUACAAAACGCAUGUUAGAAGAAUUAUGGGAAGUAGUCUGUCAAUCUGCAAAAAUAAAUCUCUUGUUCACAAUGGAAUAUGUUAUAAAGGUAGUAAGUUCUAUUUCCCUGUUGAUUUCCAAGGCACUUCUCUUGGUUCUUGGUGUUUCUUUUCUUGGUGGUAACAUCUGGUGGGUUAAAAGAGGAAAAUUGCCUUUCAUCAUUUUUGUACUCACAUUUGUUUAAGAAUGUAUUUAUCAUCUUGAAAAUGGUAAAUAAAACUGGAGAAUCCACUAAUAA